AGGAAGAGUGGGGCAAUUUUGAAUCAAGUGGGUAUACAAAAUCAAGACACAUUCAGAUGGUUCAAUUGAGCGAUACAAAGCUCGUCUAGUGGCCAAAGGCUUCACUCAAGAGUAUGGUAUUGAUUAUGAAGAAACUUUUGCUCCUGUGGCUCGCAUUACCUCAGUUCGAACUCUUUUAGCCAUUGCAGCCUCUCGCCAAUGGUCACUUACACAAAUGGAUGUUAAAAAUGCAUUUCUGAAUGGUGAAUUAGAAGAAGAGGUUUAUAUGCGUCCUCCUCCAGGUUAUACUUGUCAGGAAAGCAAAGUUUGUCGUCUUCGUAAGGCACUUUAUGGUCUUAAGCAAGCACCUCGGGCUUGGUUUGCUAAAUUUCACAGUACUCUAAGUCAGUUGGGUUUCUCUUCAAGUCCUCAUGAUUCUGCUCUUUUUACUCGAAAAACAGAAAAUGGUACUAUUGUGUUGCUACUUUAUGUUGAUGACAUGAUUAUUACUGGUAAUGACUCUGUUGGAAUUGUCGAGCUUAAGCAAUUCUUGUUUCAACAUUUUGAGAUGAAGGAUCUUGGACCGUUAAGUUAUUUUUUGGGGCUUGAAGUUUUAUCUUCCAUUGAUGGUUUAUUUCUCUCACAGGCUAAGUAUGCUUCUGAUCUUGUCUCUCGAGCAGGUCUCACUGAUUGUAAAAUUGAGCACACUCCUCUUGAACCAAAUGUUCGAUUUUCUCCUCAAGAUGGUACCUUACUUGACGAUGCAACUCUUUAUCGUCAACUCGUAGGCAGCUUGAUUUACCUUACUGUUACUCGACCAGAUAUCUCUUAUGCUGUUCAUUUAGUUAGUCAAUUCAUGAAUGCCCCACGGAGCACCCAUUAUGCUGCUGUUCUUCGAAUCAUUCGGUAUAUCAAGGGUACUAUGUUUCAUGGUCUUCACUAUUCAGUCACAUCUCCCUUGAUUCUUAGAGCCUACUCUGAUGCAGAUUGGGCAGGUGAUCCUAGUGACCGUCGCUCUACUACUGGUUUUUGUAUUUUUCUUGGAGACUCUCUUAUUUCUUGGCGUAGCAAGAAACAAACUCUGACAGCUCGCUCUAGUACAGAAGCUGAGUAUCGUGCCCUUGCUGAUACUACAUCUGAGAUAUUGUGGCUUCGUUGGCUUCUUGCUGAUUUAGAGACAUCUCAAUCUUCACCUGUUGAUCUUUAUUGUGACAAUCGCAGUGCCAUUCAAAUUGCCCACAAUGAUGUUUUCCAUGAGCGCACUAAGCAUAUAGAGAUUGAUUGUCACUUCAUUCGUCAACAUCUUCUUCGUCAUGAACUACAGCUUGUCUCCAUUGGCACUCUUGACCAGCCAGCUGAUUUGUUUACAAAACCUCAUUCUCCUAGUCGCUUCCGCAUUUUAGUAUCCAAACUCAAGUUGGUCACAAUUCCACCUACUUGAGUUUGAGGGGGGAUGUUACGAUAUUAUAUGAUCUUCUCAUUAUUGUAAUUAAUAUCUCAAUUAUAAUAGGAUCAAUUAGUUUUAUGUGUAAUUGUUUUCCUUGAUUUCUUGUCUCCUAUCGUACAAUAUAUAUAGGAGCACCUUAUUGUAAUUGAGAGCAUUCAGUAAAUAUACAAACAUAU